AUGGAGCCGGGCCCCGCGCCCCCCGCGCCCCCUGCGCCCCCCGCGCCCCCCGCGCCCCCUGCGCCCCCCGCGGCCCCCGCGGUCCCCGCGCCCCCCGCGGCCCCAGUGCCCCCCGCGCCCCCCGCGCGCCCCGCACGCCCGGCGCCCCGGCCGCGCUCCCCGGCAGAGGCCGAGGCCCGCGGUGUUGAGGGGCUGCUGCGCCGCUCGGGCUCCGGCUACGAGGGCAGCACCAGCUGGAAGGCCGCCCUGGAGGAUCGCGACCCUCAUCCUCUGUCUCUGCGUCCCCGGCCCGUGACCGUGGUCCCUGCUGUCCACCCCGGCCCGGGACCCUCGUCCCCGCCGUCCCUCCGCCUCCCGGGCGUGGAACUCUCGUCCCCGCUGACCAACCCGACCCGGGACCCUUCAACCCCGCCAUUCCGCAGCCUCCCGGGCCCAGGACUCUUCUGCCCGCUGACCAACCCGGGCCCGGAACCCUCAUCCUCGCCAUCCGCCCAACUCUCGGGCCUGGAACCCUCGUUCCCGCUGCCCACUCCGGCCCAGGACCCUCACACUACCACGCGUCUCCUCCUGGGGUCCAUUGCAGUGCUGCUGUUCGCCAUCCUGGUGGUGAUGAGCAUCUUGGCUUCCAAGGGCUGCAUCAAGUGUGAGGCGCCCUGCCCUGAGGACUGGCUACUCUAUGGGCGGAAAUGCUACUUCUUCUCCGAGGAGCCAAGAGACUGGAACACAGGCCGCCAGUCCUGCCAUACCCACGAGGCUGUGCUGGCUGUGAUCCAGAGCCAGAAGGAGCUGGAAUUCAUGUUCAAGUUCACACGGAGGGAGCCCUGGAUUGGCCUGCGCCGAGUGGGGGAUGAAUUCCACUGGGUCAAUGGGGACCCAUUUGACCCUGACACAUUCCCGGUCUCCGGCCCGGGGGAGUGCGUGUUUGUGGAGCCCACCCGGCUGGUGUCGACGGAGUGUCUGAUGACGCGGCCCUGGGUGUGCAGUAAGAUGGCCUACACGUGAGGGGUCCACCAGGCGCCCCACCGCUGGCCGGCACCAGGCCUCGCUCCAGGACUGCUCCAGGCUCCAC